AUGGAUAAGCAUUCUGACGAUAUUAUUCAAUGGCUAGCUCCACCGGACGUUUCCUCCAAUUUCAACAGAGCUCUCCAGGCUCGCCAUCCAGGUUCCGGCCAACGGUUACUUGCAAGCAAUGCGUACACAAGGUGGGAAAAUGGUGAUAACUCAUUCCUUUGGCUUCGUGGCAGCUCUGGAUGCGGCAAAACCAUCCUUGCGUCUACCAUAAUAGAAGACUUGCAACAGAGCCAAAGUCAUACAGUGCUAUAUUUCUAUUUUGACUUUACCGACAACAGAAAGCAGUCCUUGGAAAGCACACUUCGCUCCUUCAUUUGGCAGAUUUACUGUCAGAGCAAACAUACUCACAAGUAUCUUCACGAAAUCUACUCAUCAGCAUGCCAAGGCGGAAAAGAGCCCAGCUUUGACUCUUUACAAUGGACCUUUACUCAAAUGAUAGGCAAUUUCGACAAGGAUUCUUCCAUGCAGGUCGAUGUGCACCUCCUCGUAACCAGUCGACCGGAACAAGAUAUUGAAUCGUCUAUCCAGUGCUACGCCAGCAAAGAAGCAAUCGAAAUACAAUAUGAGAUGCUGGAGGCGGACAUCCGAAACUAUGUAUAUGCUAGAGUGCGUCAGCAGAAAGCCUUCAGGCAGUUGUUUCGAAAUUAUGAGAUCCAAGCCGAGAUUGAGGUUACUUUACUGAAUGCUGGUGGAACAUUUCGCUGGGUAUCAUGUCAACUUGACUCGUUGGGAAAUUGCCCAACACGAAACGCUGGGCUGAAGUUACUCCGAAACCUUCCAAGAACACUUGAAGACACAUACGACGGCAUAUUGGCAACAAUACCACUAGUGCACAUGCACUAUAUAAAACGAAUUCUGCAAUUGCUAACGUAUUCGGAACGACCUCUGCGACUUGAGGAGGCGGUUGAUGCAAUCGCCGUUGAUAUAGGAAAAACAAUGGCUCGAGGACAACGAUUCAAUCCCAAGAACAGGUUGCCAGCUAUAGGAGAAAUCAUCUCGUGUUGUUCGAGCCUUGUUGUUCUCGUCUUAAGAAAAGGUGGACACGACGAAGAGCCACGAAUACCAGAGAUCCAGCUGGCACAUCUUUCAGUCAAAGACUACCUCUACUCAAACCCUAUACCAAGUGCUCAAUAUUUACAGGGGAUUCCUGCUGGAAGCUCUAUUGCAAGGGUUUGCCUCUCGUAUCUGUUAGAUCUUCCGAGGAGUGCAACGGUGAAAGAGAUCAGAAAAUCAUUUCCUUUCGCCCAAUAUGCAGCACAGUACUGGGCAGAUUACACUAUAAUGUGCAAGCGAAAGAGCGGAUUUGAAGUCCAGCUCGCAAAAGAGCUGCUUUGCAAUCCGAACCGGCCCUGGGAGAUCAAAUCAAAGGUCGAAGACAUAGCAUCUGCUCUAUAUUAUUCAUCACUCAUGGGACUGCCGCGCUGUGUCAGGAUGCUGCUGGAAGUUGGGGCGGACGUUAAUGCCCAUAGCGGAAGAUACGACAACGGCAUCGGCAAUGCGCUUAGUGCGGCUUCUUUUGGGGGACACGAGACAAUUGCACGGCUGCUGAUUGACCAUGGGGCAGACGUUAAUGCGCGUGGCGGAAGAUACGGCAAUUCGCUCCAGGCCGCAUCUUUUGGAGGGCACGAGGCAACUAUGAAACUGCUGGUCAACAAAGGAGCGAAUGUCAACGCGCGAGGUGGAUUCUAUGGCAACGCGCUCAGCGCGGCUUCGUCUGGAGGACACGAGGCAAUUGUGCGGCUGCUGAUCAACCAUGGGGCGAAUGUCAACGCACGGGGCGGAUUUUAUGGCAACUCGAUCAGCGCGGCUGCGUCUGGCGGAUAUGUCGGGAUCGUCAAAAUGCUGAUGAACGAGGGCGCCGACUUGGCCGCUGCAGGGAGCAACGGGCAGACGCCAGUCUUUAAAGCUUCGAGUCACGGACACGCCGAGGUAGUGAGGAUACUGCUAAACAGGGGCGUUGACUUGACGGUUGCAGACAACGACAGAGUGACGCCAAUUCAAGCUGCCUCGAGCAAAGGACAUAGCGAAGUGGUUAAGAUGCUGCUGGAUAAUGGAGCCGACUGCUCGGUCGCAGACGACUUUGGAUGGACGCCACUGAUUUUUGCGUCAAGCAGAGGAUAUGCCAAAGUAGUUCAGGCACCGCUCGACCGGGGCGCCGACUUGACUGUCACGGACAAUGACGGGUGGACGCCACUUAAUGCUGCCUCGAGCAAAGGAUACACGGAAAUAGUCAAGAUACUGCUCGGCCAAGGCGCCAACUGCGGGGUUGCAGACAAUAGCGGGUGGACGCUACUACUUCUUGCUUCGAGCAAGGGAUAUACCGAAGUGGUCAAGAUGCUGCUCGACCGGGGCGCUGACUGGACGGUCGCGGAUAGUGAUGGGUUGACGCCUCUGAAUACUGCUUCGAGACAAGGACAUAUCGAGAUAGUGAAGAUGCUGCUGGACAAGGGUGCCAAUUGGACAGUCGCAGAUCAGAGCGGGUUUACAGAAAGAUGCGGAGAGGUGGAGGAAGAAGGUCAACAGGCACUGGAAUUGGGAAAGCGGGUGCGGCGAUCAGAUCGCAACUGGCGCAACCGUGGCAAGUCCUCUACUUUCCCGGAGUCACCCGAUGCAAACCAAGUGCUUCAACCGAUACGUACGCCAGUGAAGUCAAAAGUACGUACGGCGAAUCCAUACAUCUCCAGCAGAAUGACCAACACGUCUUCAAUCAUCCGUAAAGGAAAGGGACGCCACAUUGUCGAGCAUCCCGAGCCAGAAGUAACGAAUAGUCUCAAUGUUAGGCUGACAGCCAGCCAUACAGAAACUUCGUCAAGCAUACCGCAUCUGGUCAUCCAGUCUGUGUUAUCCAAUGAAACUGGGAUAACAGCAUCUGAAGCCCAAGGUUUGAAACCAAACGAAGUCGCAAGCACAAUUAUCGCUGCCGGAGCAGCAGGCCUGGCUGGAUACGCCGCUGCGCAGAGUAAAAGAUCGGCUGACACUGCCAAGGGAAAUCUCGAUCUUGCUAGAGAUGUGCACAAGUAUAACAUGAAGAAAGACAAAAGAGCUGGAACAGCUCCCGACUCAAGCGAUUCUGAUGAUGGAGGUAGCAGAGCGCCGGUAGGAGACGAACCCAGCGGUAAUCAAAUAGUCCUGCUUCCCAGAGUUGGACCUGAUACCAGGGCUCCAACAUCUCCGAUCCAAGAUUCACCCCUGAUAGCUGCGAGGACACCUCAAGCUACGGCAACGCAGACUAGAAUAUCAGAGACUCACAAACCAGCACAAGAACUCCCAGACCUUGCAGUGGAUUUCUUAUUCGCAAGGCUGAGUCAACUCCCUACGCCUCCUUCUCAUCUUCCCCAUGUUGCACUAGCACUAUUAGCCUUGCGAAACUUGCCUCCUACGCCUGACCAUGAACCGGAUAAAGAUACAGCCAACCAGUCGGGAGGUGAUCUAUCAGGUCAAGACUCUUCGUCAGACGAAGACAUUGACGGACCACCACAAGAAAACGAUCAAUCGCGCAAGGCUGAUUCUUGGCACAAAUUCAAAGGCACACGUAAUGGACAGAGACAACCACCCGGGAAGCUGUUUGACAGAACGCGGCAACCUCGGAGCUUAUCACGGCACAAUAGCCUUCAACGAAGCUUACUGGAUCAGCUCACGGACUUGCCCUCCAAGGACACAUUAUUCUCUUCGAUUAACGGUCGUCCUAAAGAGCAAUAA